AGAAAAGCAAAGAAUACACACAUAUCUGAAUUUUCAGGAACAGAAGCUUCCCCAUCCUCCUGCCAAUGGCUGUUGAUUGUCGAUCACUUUGCCUCUUGGCAGCUUUCUAUGCAGCUGUGAUAUCUAUGGUCUUGUCUCAAGAUCAGAACGAAUUCAUCUUCAAUGGAUUCAGUGAAAGCAGCAAUCUGCAUCUUGAUGGACUUGCAAAAAUCCACCCAGCUGGACUCUUGCAGCUCACUAACACCUCAAGGACAGAAAAGGGUCAUACUUUCUACAGAUUCCCAUUAAAGUUCAAUAGAUCUUCAAAUUCAGCUCCAUCUUAUUCAUUCUCAACAUGUUUUGUGUUUGCCAUGGUUCCACAAUUACCUGAUCACGGUGGCCAUGGGAUUGCCUUUGUCAUCUCACCAUCUAUGGACUUCAGCCAGGCGCUUGGAAACGAUUAUCUUGGACUUUUCAACAAUUCAAACAAUGGCAAUUCAACAAAUCAUGUAUUAGCGGUUGAGUUUGAUACGAUUCGUAGCCCGGUAUUUGACGAUGUAGAUGACAAUCAUGUGGGGAUUGAUGUGAAUGGCCUGAAAUCAAAUGUAUCAGCUCCAGCAACAUAUUUUGCCAAGGAAGAAGGAAGGAACAAAACCUUGAAGCUCAUAAGUGGAGAUACCAUGCAGGUUUGGAUAGACUACGAUGAAGAAGAAGGGUUGCUGAAUGUAACUCUAGCACCAAUCACAAGCCUAAAGCCAGAUUGGCCCCUCCUGUCAAUUUCCAUUGAUCUGUCAGAAAUUUUCUUGGAUGAAAUGUAUGUUGGUUUCUCAGCAGCUACUGGUAGUUCAGCUGCCAGUGACCACUAUAUUCUUGGAUGGAGUUUUUCGAAGAAUGGAAAAGCACAAAGCCUCGAAAUUUCAGAGCUUCCACAGCUCCCAAAGCAUGAUGGAGAAAGUAAGAGGCCAGAAGGAUUGGUUGUUAUUUUGCUAGUAGCAGUUGUUGUGCUUGUAACAAUCUCUGGAGCUGCUUAUCUUUUUUGGAGAAGGAAAUAUGGAGAAGUACAUGAAGAAUGGGAGAGGGAAUAUGGACCUCAAAGGUUCUCAUACAAGAUUCUCUACCAAGCAACGAGGGGGUUCAAAGAGAAACAACUUCUGGGAUCUGGAGGAUUUGGAAAGGUAUAUAGAGGAACACUUCCUUCUUCCACUGCACAGAUUGCUGUAAAAAGAAUCUCCCAUGAUUCAAAACAAGGGAUGAACCAAUUUGUAGCAGAGAUUGUAAGCAUGGGAAGACUAAGGCACAGGAAUUUGGUGCAGCUUCUCGGAUAUUGCAGGCGAAAAGGAGAACUUAUCCUGGUAUAUGAUUACAUGCCUAAUGGAAGUCUUGACACGUUCUUGUUCAGCAAUGGAAGACCACUCCUUACUUGGUCUCAAAGGUAUCGAAUCCUCAGAGAUGUUGCGUCUGCCUUGCUUUACCUUCAUGAAGAAUGGGAGCAGGUUGUUCUACACAGAGAUGUUAAAGCUAGCAAUGUUCUGUUGGAUUCAAAUCUAAAUGGAAGGUUAGGAGAUUUUGGCCUAGCUAGACUGCAUGAUCAUGGUGCAAAGCCAGAGACUACUAACCUGGUGGGAACUAUAGGAUAUCUUGCUCCGGAGCUUACCAGAACCGGGGUGGCAAGUACUAGCACUGAUGUGUUUGCUUUCGGGGCAUUUCUGCUUGAAGUAGCCUGUGGAAGGAGGCCUAUGGAGCAAUGGAGACAACCUGAAGAAGUAUUCUUGGUUGAGUGGAUCACAAAAUGCUGGAAAAGAGGAGCUAUUUUUUAUGCUUGUGAUCCAAGAUUGGAAGGGAAUUUUCCAGUGGAGGAAAUGGAGUUGGUUCUGAAACUGGGAUUGCUAUGUUCACAGUCACAGCCAUUAGCCAGGCCUAGCAUGAGGCAAGUGCUCCAGUACCUUAAUGGGAAUACCAGUUUGCUGGAUUUUUCACCAGAGAACAUUGAAAAUGGUAUGGCCACAUCAAACAAUGAAGCAUUUUCUGAUUUCUUAACGUCAUUUCCUUCUAAUUCCCAUUCCAGCACUGACUCAAUCCUCAACAAAGGGCGUUGAAUCCUUGAACUUCAGAGGUUGAAUGGAAUUUCAGUUUUUCAGCAUUAUAAGGAUGUUUUUGGCAGUUUCAACUUCUUGUAGUUAGUAAUAAAAUUGUUAGUAAUAAAAUUGUUAGCAAUAAAAUUAUUAUUAUUAU